AUGGGCCGGGGGCCCAGCGACACACGUGCUCGCAGGAGGCUGCGGGCGAUAGUGAGUGGAUGGGGGAGGACGGAUGGUGGAGGCGGUGGAGUGGUGGGAUUUGGGGUAGGGCCAAUGAGGCGGGCCGGAGCCCGGCCGGCCGGAAGCAGGCGUGUUGGAGAUAGGGACACGCACACGCACGCCCACACGCAGCACCAGUCAGUCUGCCAGUCUGCCAGUCCGCCAGUCCGCCCGCGCGUCGUGGAGCUUCCUCCUUGCUCGGCUACAACCUGUCGCGGCUCAGUCUCCUGUUCCCCGAGCAUGUGCGUGUGCGUGUACCGACUGAAACCCUGGCGCCUUUGCUGUCUGAACCUCUGCGCCCUUGAGUCGGGAAUGGGAACGCGCGAGCCAUGGGGGUUACGAGGCGAGCGGAGGCGACAGCACUGCCUAUAUCUGAAUCCCGCAGCCAUGGAUGAUGAUGAUGAUGAUGAUGAUGCAUCCAGCCAUACACCCAGCCAUGCAUCCAGCCAUGCAUACACUCACUCACUCUACUUGGCCAGACACAUUGGGGCGCCGAGGUGCGUCCCGGGCGACGGCUAUUUGGACUGCAGUGAAGCGGACUUACCACGGCCCCUGCCAUCGAAUCACAGCGACAACAGCCCCUCUCAGAGCAGAGGGCAGCGAGGGCAGCGAGGCCAGCAUAUGACUACUGAGUAUGCAAAUACUUGGGCUGCUUCUCUCCGCGGCACGCACCCGUAG